GUCGCGCGCUUCGAUCAUGACUAAUCUUAAAAAAAUUAUCUCUUCAUAAAAAAUUGUUAUGUAGGUGCUCGGGGUUCGAAAAGUUCAGAUGGGUGGCAGCCUCGUCUAUUCAAAGUUGCGUUGGCGCCACUGCUAGGGUGCACAUGGAGAGGCUUGUGAUUGGAUAAAAGGUUUGUUUUUGAUUGAUAAGUAAAAAUGCCUUGAUCUGUGCGUAAAUUACGGGCAAAAAGUAAGAAAGGAUGGUGCAGAUAAUAACUAGAGCCAGAAUCAGAGCCGGCCGCCUUAAUCAGCUUGCUACUUGAAUGAUAAAGGGUCGAUCGGGGACUCAUCAAUUUUUUGCUAUGGAAGAGGAAAAUGCCGUGUCUUCAGAAAAAGAGGCGGAUUCCAGCGCCGAGCCGGCGUUCAAAUGCAAACUUGUUCCAAGAAGCGCCCCUAACAGGCAGAAACUGGACAAAGAAAUCGGCGAGAUCAAAUCUCAAAUUGAAGCAAUUGAAAAUCAGCUGCAAAAAAUCAACGGCAGUGGUCAAAAUACUCCUCAGGCCAGAUUACAACAGAUUAAAGAAAGACGAGAUGUGUCGAUUAAGAGAAGGAAAGAUAUAAUCACACAGUUGGAGGAGCUUAAAAAGCAAAUAGACACAAAGAGAGAUGCAGCAUCUCAAAUGAGAAGCAAGCUCCAGUACCAAUCCGAAGAACAAGUAGAAGUUUUAGCCAAAAAACUGGAGCAGCAGCUUCAACAACACAGUUUCCGUUUGUCCGAGGAGCGCCGACUUGUGGCUGAAAUCGACAAACUGAGACGCGUGAAAAAAGCUGUGCGUCAGUACAAUGAGGCUAAGGAGGAACUCAACAAGUUGCGUGAAUCUCAACAGACUCUCCGAGUGGAGCGGGACUCAAUCUCAAGUGAAUUCGGAAAUUUGAGAACACAAGAUGAUGAGAUUCACAGUGUGCUUCGGAAGAACAAGGAGGUUACCGAUAAAAUGAAAAAAGAACUGGACGCACUGCAUGAAAGAAAACGCAAAUUAUGGUCAGAUUUCAAGGAGGAGCAAGCCUUGUAUAAUGAGUACAAAGAACAGAAAAGGUCCGAGACGAAUAAGUUGCGGCAGCAGGAAAAGCAAGCAAUUGCUCAAGCUAAGGCAGAGAAAAAACGGGAAUUGCAGAACAGUAUUGAGCCUUAUGAGGUGGAACGGCAGUAUUGUGCGACACUUCUCAGUUUCCUAGGCAAGAUGGAGUUGCAAACUCCUUCCACCCCUGCCAGUUGCUAUUCCUCAUUCGCUAACACACCCAUGUCUCCCGAAGAACCAAAGAGCCCACUUCCAACUGUCGAAGAUGAAGUCGAGGAAAGAUUAAUGCAAGGAAUGGAAGCCCUGUUUUGUGGCAUUCCAAAAAAACAGUCCAGGAAAGUUAAGCGUUCUACUAGUAAAGCCAGUCAGCUAAAGAAACGUCCUGUAACUCUUACACCUGACCUUCUAGUACAAUUUGACAAGAUUGGAGUCAAUCCUCCUGUCAUUUCCCUUGAAAUACCUUCUGCUAUUGAAGCAAUAAAAGCACAACAGAAACUGUACAAUAGAAUGGCUGCUGUUGAGAUGGCAGAACGGGCAGCCAAGAACAAACCACCUCAAGAAAAAUCAGAAGACCUACCAGUUGACGGGGCUAGUCCUCCUUCCAGGGCAUUGACCCUCACUUUAAAUAAUUGUGUUCCUUCAUGUUCGAGUGUACAUACAAACGGCAAUAAUGCAACUGAUUUAGUUAACUGUGUUGUGACCUUUGAGCAGGAUAGUACUUAGCGGCAACACCUCUUUUCCUAUACAUUAUUUUAAUGUUUUGUGUAGAUUCUCUGUGGUUAGAUAUCA